UUUUUAACGAUACCGUGUGACGUUUCGAACGAGGAGCAGGUUGCGCUGCUACCUCCCCGCUCGAAUCUCGCCGCGCGAAUGAUGACAAGGUGACUGCUAUGUCAACAACAACGCGCUGUAGGUCGUAAAAACAGAUUUGGAGAAAAGGAAGAUUAAUAUUGCCACUAUUCGAUCUCGAGCGAAUUGAAAGAUGAAUAAAUACGUGAAUUUGGCAAAUGUGAGUACUAAUUAUGCCAUGCGUAUGAAUCGCCUGAGUAAUCGAAUUUUCGGAGAAGUGGUCAAACCGACUAAACAAAAAUCGAUGAAAGUCGUGCAGCUCUUCAGCGAGAAACCGGUGAAUAAACGACCGGAGAUCGUGCAAUAUUAUCCAAGAUACGAGCAGACAGAACAAUUGAUGACCCAUCUACGCAAUUACGGUCUCUUCAGAGACGAGCAUAAAGAUUUCAAAGAGGAAUACCAACGCUUGAGAGAGCUUCGUGGUAAACCGAGAUGGAUAUCACCUCGGUUUAGAAAUAAAGAUAAUUCAUCUUAAAAUGAAAUAACAAGCUUGUGCUAUAAAGUAUGUAUUUUAUUUAUAAAUAAUAUAUUAUACAAUUAAGUUAAGUUAUGAUUAAUAUUGCCUUUUUAUGGCUCUUUUGUCCCCAAAAGUUGUACAUAUUCCUCUUAGUACAUUGAUAUUAAAAAAACAAUAUUUUUAAAAAUAUUUUAAUAUAUAUACAGACAUUAACUUAUUUAAAAAUAUUUGAAUAUAUAUACAGACAUUAAAUUAGCAUUCACACUGUCAUAUAAGCGAGUUUUUUAGGAGAAAUAUAAAAGAAAUUUAUUAUAAAAAAUUUCUAACGAUACAAUAAAUAUAUAUGGCACAUAUAUAUAUUUA